UCAGUGGUUCAGUACAGCAGAGAUCCAGCUGUCCAGUUCUAUCUGAACACAUACACAACCAAAAGCGAGAUCCUUGACACUGUCAGAGCUUUGAGGCACAAAGGCGGAAGACCACUCAACACUGGAGCAGCUCUCCAGCACUUGAGGGACAAUGUCUUCACGGCCUCUGCCGGAAGCAGGCGCCUGGAAGGAGUUCCACAGGUCCUGAUAUUGUUCAGGUUUUUAUGUGUCGUCUUCUAUCUUUUCUCAGUUGACACUGCCAAAAAGGAUAUCGUAUUCCUUCUGGAUGGUUCUGAUGGCACAAGGAAUGGCUUCCCUGCCAUGCGUGAUUUUGUUGAGAGAGUGGUGGAGAAACUCAAUGUGGGAGAAAACAAAGACCGUGUCUCUGUGGUCCAGUACAGCAGAGAUGCAGAGUUCUAUCUGAACACAUACACAACCAAAAGCGAGAUCCUUGACACUGUCAGAGGUUUGAGGCACAAAGGCGGAAGACCCCUCUAUACUGGAGCAGCUCUCCAGCACUUGAGGGACAAUGUCUUCACGGCCUCUGCCGGAAGCAGGCGCCUGGAAGGAGUUCCACAGGUCCUGAUAUUGCUAAGUGGUGGAAAGUCUUUUGACAGCGUUGAUGCGCCAGCCUCUGCUCUCAAACAGCUGGGCGUCUUGACCUUUGCAAUUGGAACCAGGGGCUCUGACAGCAGAGAACUGCAGAAGAAAAUGUGUUAUAUCUUAUGUUUCCUAGUGGAGAAAAAGCCAACCGGAAGGGAUUUUGUGUUCUUGUUGGAUGGAUCUGAUGGUACUAGAACUGGAUUUCCAGAUAUGCGAGACUUUGUCCAAAGAGUAGUAGAGACACUCAGUGUGGAUGACAACAAAGACCGUGUGUCAGUGGUUCAGUACAGCAGAGAUCCAGCUGUCCAGUUCUAUCUGAACACAUACACAACCAAAAGCGAGAUCCUUGACACUGUCAGAGCUUUGAGGCACAAAGGCGGAAGACCACUCAACACUGGAGCAGCUCUCCAGCACUUGAGGGACAAUGUCUUCACGGCCUCUGCCGGAAGCAGGCGCCUGGAAGGAGUUCCACAGGUCCUGAUAUUGCUAAGUGGUGGAAAGUCUUUUGACAGCGUUGAUGCGCCAGCCUCUGCUCUCAAGCAGCUGGGCGUCUUGACCUUUGCAAGCGAGAUCCUUGACACUGUCAGAGGUUUGAGGCACAAAGGCGGAAGACCACUCAACACUGGAGCAGCUCUCCAGCACUUGAGGGACAAUGUCUUCACGGCCUCUGCCGGAAGCAGGCGCCUGGAAGGAGUUCCACAGGUCCUGAUAUUGCUAAGUGGUGGAAAGUCUUUUGACAGCGUUGAUGCGCCAGCCUCUGCUCUCAAGCAGCUGGGCUCCGUGGAGGCUGUGGCUAUUGCCGUCACCCCAGAAUCUCCAACUGUACCUGUUGACACUGCCAAAAAGGAUAUCGUAUUCCUUCUGGAUGGUUCUGAUGGCACAAGGAAUGGCUUCCCUGCCAUGCGUGAUUUUGUUGAGAGAGUGGUGGAGAAACUCAAUGUGGGAGAAAACAAAGACCGUGUCUCUGUGGUCCAGUACAGCAGAGAUGCAGAGGUCCAUUUCUAUCUGAACACAUACAACACAAGAGAGGAUGUUAAGAAUUCGGUCAGAGGGCUGAGACACAGAGGAGGCAGACCCCUCAACACCGGGGCAGCCCUCCAGUACGUCAGGGACAACGUCUUUACAAACUCCUCGGGGAGUAGGCGCCUGCAGGGCAUUCCACAGAUGUUGAUCCUGCUAAAUGGUGGAAGGUCUUUUGACAAUGUAGAUACCCCAGCUGCUGCUCUCAAACAGCAGGGCACCGUUGUGAUUGGCAUUGGAACAAGGAGCUCUGACAGUCGAGAGCUGCAGAAGAUAUCGUAUGACCCUAGUUUUGCUCUGUUAGUGUCUGAGUUCACUGACCUCCCCGGUGUCCAAGAAAAGCUCUCUUCUGUAAUGAGCACAGUGCGAGUGAGGCCCACGCCCACAACAACAACAACAACAGUGACUGUGGAGAAACAGCCAACUGGAAGGGAUUUUGUGUUCUUGUUGGAUGGAUCUGAUGGUACUAGAGUGGGAUUCCCAGCUAUGCGAGACUUUGUCCAAAGAGUAGUAGAAACACUCAGUGUGGAUGACAACAAAGACCGUGUGUCAGUGGUUCAGUACAGCAGAGAUCCAGCUGUCCAGUUCUAUCUGAACACAUACACAAGAGUAGUAGAGACACUCAGUGUGGAUGACAACAAAGACCGUGUGUCAGUGGUUCAGUACAGCAGAGAUCCAGCUGUCCAGUUCUAUCUGAACACAUACACAACCAAAAGCGAGAUCCUUGACACUGUCAGAGCUUUGAGGCACAAAGGCGGAAGACCCCUCUAUACUGGAGCAGCUCUCCAGUACUUGAGGGACAAUGUCUUCACGGCCUCUGCCGGAAGCAGGCGCCUGGAAGGAGUUCCACAGGUCCUGAUAUUGCUAAGUGGUGGAAAGUCUUUUGACAGCGUUGAUGCGCCAGCCUCUGCUCUCAAGCAGCUGGGCGUCUUGACCUUUGCAAUUGGAACCAGGGGCUCUGACAGCAGAGAACUGCAGAAGAUAUCCCACGAGCCCAGUUACGUUGUUUCUGUGUCUGAAUUCACUGACCUUCCCAGUGUCCAACAG